UAUAUGUUCCCUACAUACGCCAUUGAUUGAGCUACUAAAAACAUAAUCAAUGGUGAAAAUGCAGCCUUCUAUGCUGAUCUCAAAAACCCAAUCUUCUACCCAUCUGCUGAACUUCAUUUUGAUCUCAUCUUCUGCUUGUGUCACUUAUCUUGUUGUAUCGGUAUUGUUACUCGACAACUCAAAGCCGCCUUUGCAUGUAUAUUCUUCUCAACCAGAUGCUUAUACACCGACUACCAUGGAGCAUAUAGUGUUCGGGAUAGCUUCGAAUCGGAAAUCAUGGCCGAAACGAAAGGAGUAUGUUAAGCUAUGGUGGAAGCCUCAACAAAUGCGUGGAUGUGUGUUCCUUGAAAGCAUGCCUCCUAAUGCAACUUCAAUGGAUGAAAAUGUCACUCUGCCUCCCAUAUGUAUCUCGGAGGACACUUCACAGUUUAGUUACACGUACAGAGGUGGUCUUCGGUCGGCGAUCCGCGUCGCACGUGUAGUUUCGGAGAUCGUUGCACUUAAUCAUUCUAAUGUAAGGUGGUAUGUUUUUGGGGAUGAUGACACUGUUUUCUUUCCAGAUAACUUAGCGAAGACACUUUCCAAAUAUGAUCAUCGCCUUUGGUACUACAUCGGGGCUGGCUCGGAGAUUUAUGAACAGAACAGGAUUUUCGGAUUCGGGAUGGCUUUCGGUGGAGCAGGCUUUUGUAUAAGCGAUCCUCUGGCUAAAGUUCUGGCAAAAGUUUUCGAUUCUUGUAUAGGACGUUAUCCUCAUCUAUAUGGAAGCGAUUCCAGGGUCUACUCUUGCUUGACAGAGCUUGGUGUUGGCUUGACACACGAACCCGGCUUUCAUCAGUUCGAUGUCCGGGGCAAUGCAUAUGGUUUGUUGGCUGCUCAUCCAUUGACACCCUUGGUAUCACUCCAUCACAUAGAUCACGUAGACCCAAUCUUCCCUAACAUGACAACUACCAAGGCGCUGCAACACUUGCUCCAUGCUACAAAUGUUGAUUCUCAGAGAAUUUUGCAACAAACGAUCUGCUACGAUCAUCUGUUUUUACGGACAGUUUCGGUUUCGUGGGGCUACGCCAUUCAAAUAUACAAUAAACACAUACCUUUACCUGAUGUUCUCCCUGUUCCAGAAACAUUCAGGCAAUGGAAAUGGGGAAAUGUAUUAGCAGGCGUGUACACAUUUAACACCAGAAAAUUCUACCCACAUCCUUGCCACAGACCCACAAUUUUCUUUUUAGACAGUGUAUCUUCUAGCAAGCAUGGGAUCAAGACUGUUUACAAGAAAUCUAAUGAAGAUUGCAUGCUUUUCAUGGAUCCAACGAGGAAACUCGAAGAAAUCAGAGUUUUCACUGAGAAACUAGACCUUGAUUAUAAGCAGAUGCAGGCACCGAGGAGGCAUUGUUGCGACGUGUUACGACUAAAUCCGACAAGCUUUUGGACAUCACGAUACGGGAAUGCGGAGAAGAUGAACUGAUAUACAUGCAUGAAUAGAUGUUUGGUUUCAAACUGUGUUUAUGGAUAGUAUUAGGGCAGAUUCUUAGAUGUUAAUAGCAUUACGGAUUCUGGGGGCUUUUGAUA